AUGGCGCGCGGUGAGACGGGGGGAUCGUCCGGAGAGUGGGGAUCUCUGGAUGAGUUUUGUGAGCCGAAAGCUUUCCGCUCUGUUGAGAAAGAUGCAGAGUGUGCUGCUCCCUCUAUCUUUGUCAAGGGUUUGUUGACUGUUGAAGGCCACUUUCGAACUUCCUUGACUUGUCUCAAAGACAGUUUCGGUGUAUGGACACUACCGGUGCUCUUCCUCUCCAGUGGUGUGUUUGGCGGAGUUGUCGCAUCUGUCACUUUUCGUGCGCGAAUGAGCGCCAUCAAAAACCAAGCCCGAAGUCCAGGGCCUCCCAGGGACGCGUCUUAUACGAUCUCGAGAACCCAGGCGAGGCUUUCCUCUCCUUUAACUCUUGGUAUUACAGAGCACCCGGGGCUACCACCCCGUGCGUGCAGGGGUGAUGUAGCCAAAGUUCGUGCACCUGUUUCCUCUCUUUUGCCUCGUCCAUCCUCGCCGUCCUCUUCUGUACCCUUAGAGUCUGCUGUGUCCCUGAUGGAGCAGCAUCACCGCCUGAGACGUCCGUGUUCUCAGCCGUCUUCGAAAGAGCAGAGAGGCCAGACACCAGAAGCGGGUGUAACAAAGCCUACCUGCCGUACGGUCCAUCUUCCCUGUGAAGGAGAACUGGCUGCUGGUGGAGGAGUUUGUGCAAGUGGAAAGAACGACGAAGGCAAGCAGGGCGUUCAGUUGCCUGACGGCGGUAGUCAUCCGCACCUGGUAGAGUCCUCAGCAGAUCCGUACACUGUGUUGUGGCAUGAAAGGCGAAGGAACAAAAAGGGGUGGGGUGACGCGUUUGACGACGAGGAAGAAUUCCAAGGGCAGCCCACUGCAGGAUCGUCUUCUUGUCCGCAUCCAACAGAACUCUUUACCGUCUCCGAGCUCGUUCAACUCUUCCUUAUCCCUGCAGCAGCUCUGACAGUUGCUCUGGGAUGCACGUGGACAUGGGUAAAAAAGUCGUGCAAUCUAGCUGACGCAAACGACGUUUUUCAAGCGGUCCUGUGGGUCAAAGGCGUUGGGGCGCCUCCUGCCGGUGUCAGGCAGCCGGAUGACAAAAGAAGCGAGUUGCUUGGCAUCUCGGCACAGGAGUAG